AUGUCCGACCCCGACCUGGCCGUGCAGGUGGUCAUGAACGCCGGGGAGGUCGACUUCGUGGCCAGCAAGUUUGUGCAGGCGCUGGGUCGCGUUUGGGACUCGGCCGAUUUCCAGCAGCUGGCCGAGAUCAUCCACCACUUUAAGUUCACCAUCUUCCUCGCCUUCCUGGAGACACGUUACACGCAGGACAUGGAGACGGAGGCGUUGCGCGAGGCCAUCGACGACGUUUACGACGUGGUCGUCGAGGACGUGGUGAAGAAGGGCCCGCUGCAGCGGCGCGCCGACUGCCUGCGGCUGCCGCUCAGUCCGCAGACCCAGGUGGUCAACCUGAUCGAGCAGAGCGGCGUGCGGCCCAACCGGUUCUCCGUGUCGGCUGACGGCGCUGCGCUGGAGCUGGCCGCGCCCGACUACAAGACCAAGUUCCAGUGGCUGUCGGCGCUGGAGACGGCCGUCUCGUUCUCGGGCUCGCCUCAGGGUUGCCAGCGGCACCUGGCGGCGGCGCGUCGCGCCGAGUGGCACCAGACGGAGGCGCGCCAACACGAGGACGACCGGCGCCGCCUCAGCCAGAUCAACAUCAUGGACAGCACCAAGGCCGAGCUGGAGAAGGCCGAGGAGGAGCGCAAGCUGGCCGAACUGGAGGAAACUCGCCUGGAGUUGGAGCGGCUGCUGCAGGAGGAGAAGCAGGCCAAGCGCGACGAGGAGCUGGUGCGCAGCGCGCAGAGUCGCGUGCUCCGCCAGGAGUGGGAGAAGCGCGAGGACCUGGAGCGGCUGCAGCGCCAGAAGCGCGAGGCGUUCGAGGUGCUGCAGAAAAGCAAGCAGCGCCAGCUGGAAGAGGCGCAGCUGCGCCUGCGAGAGGUCGAGGAGGGUCGUGUCAAGCUCGACCGAGAGCUCAAGGCGGCCCGUUGCAAGCUGAUCACGGCCGAGCGCACCAAGGGCCAGGUGGAGUCAAAGCUGCGCGUGCGCGAGCGCGAGGUGUCACUGCGCCAGUCGGCGGUGCCGCCGGGCGAG